CACCAUAUCCAUAUCUGAUACCUCGUAUAUAUACACCCCUGGGAUGAUUUCUUCCCACUGCCACUGGCCACUGCUGCCCUCCUCCUGGACUUUCCGUCUCGUCGUAGAUUGUGAAGAACAGAAACCGUAAACAUGUCUGAAAAAAAGAUGACUUCAAGCCGCAGGCAUCAUCUGAAGAGUUUGAUGCUGCAGAUCGCGGUGAAUUGGAUUGAAAAGGAGAAACAGGAAAUUGCAGCCUCUAAGCAGACCUACAUGGCAGAGAAUUGCCCCCCUCCUGCGCUGAGUGGAGACCAGGCAACUCUCAUGGAAACCUGCAAAAAGUUGCACGCCCUCAUCGACAAACUUGAUGAAGAGAGGUACGACCUGGAGAUCAAAGUGGGCAAGGCUGAUAAAGAGAUCGAUGACCUGAAAAUCAAAGUGGUCGACCUGGCUGGAGUGAAGAAGCCCGCUCUGAAGAAAGUGCGCAUGUCCGCCGAUGCCAUGCUGAAAGCUCUGCUGGGCUCCAAACACACAGUUAACCUGGACCUCAGGGCCAACCUGAAGCAGGUCAAGAAGGAGGUGAAAGAGGAGCCUGCAGAGGCGGUGGGCGACUGGCGUAAGAACAUUGAGGACAAGGCUGACAGGAAGAAGAUGUUCGAGGCCUCCUAAAGAACUGCUCGCUGCUCUUGUAGCUGUUCUGGGAUGUUAGCACUUUUUAUGGAAUUUCUGGCAUUGCUCAUUGAAUUGAAAAACCCCUUUUCUCAUUAAAUUUGUAAGUUUCAG